AUCCGCUCGGUCUUCAUGGGCCUGAGGACACGUCGGCUGGGCACCAGGGGGAACUCCAAGUACCAUUACUACGGGAUCCGUCUCAAGCCGGAGUCGCCCCUGAACCGCUUGCAGGAAGAUGCUCAGUACAUGGCCAUGAGGCAGCAGCCAGCCCACCAGAAGCAGAGGUAUCGGCCUUCCCAGAGGUUGGACGGUGCAGCUGAGGGGGGAGCCGUCAGUUCCCCCACCCCGGAGGAGUCCGUGGCCGCCCAGUGUCAGCACCACCAGCAGUACAUCGAUGUCACUCAUGUCCUGCCCGAAUUCCCGGUCCUGAAUCCGGACAACGUCCUCCUGCAGGAGGGGAUCGAGGCCAGCGACCUGCAGGCUCUGGAGCUCUUCUACCGCCGGCAUUGCGAGGCCAACGUCGAGGUGGUGAUGAGCCUCCAGCUGCCCUUCCUGGAGAAACUCUGGCGUUCCUUCUGGAAUUCCGAAUCCCUUCCGGGCCGGACAGGCGCCGGCACCCCCGGGGCCUCCAGCGAAGAGCCCUACGAAGCCGUCCUCCCGCGACACAAACUGAUGGCCUUCUGCAAGUACGAGCUCGUCCUGGCCUGGAUGCGAAGCUGCGACAACCUCUUGUACCAAACCCUGGUGGAGAUCCUGAUCCCGGACGUCCUCCGGCCGGUUCCCGGCACCUUGACCCAAGCCAUCCGCAACUUUGCCAAGAGCCUGGAGGGCUGGCUGAUGGGCGCCAUGAGCGAGUUCCCGCAGCCCGUGGUCCAGAGCAAGGAGCAAGCCUCCUGGGUCUGCCAGUGCGAGGAGGGCCUGGUGCAGAAACUGGAGCAGGAUUUCAAGGUGACGCUGCAGCAGCAAAGCUCCCUGGACCAGUGGGCCCGAUGGCUGGACGAGGUGGUCACCCAGGUGCUGAAGCCGCACGAGGGCGCGGCCAGCUUCCCCCGGGCGGCCCGGCAGUUUCUGCUGAAGUGGUCCUUCUACAGUUCCAUGGUGAUCCGCGACCUCACCUUGCGCAGCGCCGCCAGUUUUGGCUCCUUCCACCUGAUCCGACUCCUCUACGAUGAGUACAUGUUCUACCUGGUGGAGCACCGGGUGGCCGAAGCCACGGGGGAGACGCCCAUCGCCGUGAUGGGAGAGUUCAGCGACCUCGCCUCCCUGUCUCCGGCUAUGCUCGAGAAAGACACCUUCGGUGCCCUAGGGCACGAGGCCGGAGCCUGCAAGCCCCAGGUGAAGCGCGAGCACAGCGACCCCGGCCCGUCCUUGCAGGAGAUCUAGCCU